AGGAGCAGUUUCUCACUGAUGAGAACAUGGUGGAGGCACGAGAAGCUUCUGAAGAAGAUCUGCUGGUGGUUCACACCAAACGCUACCUCAACAAACUGAAGUGGUCUAUGGUGGUGGCAAACAUCACAGAAAUCCCACCUCUCAUCUUCCUGCCUAAUUUCCUGGUUCAGAGGAGAGUGUUGAGGCCUUUGAGGACGCAGACCGGAGGAACCAUAAUGGCCGGAAAACUGGCUAUAGACCGAGGGUGGGCUGUGAACGUGGGAGGAGGGUUUCACCACUGCUCCAGCGACAGAGGGGGGGGCUUCUGUGCUUACGCUGACAUCACUCUGGCCAUCAAGUUUUUGUUUGAGAGAGUGGAAGGCAUCUCCAGGGCGACCAUCAUUGAUCUGGAUGCUCAUCAGGGGAAUGGACACGAGCGUGAUUUCUUGGACGAUAAACGAGUUUUCAUCAUGGACGUGUACAAUCGCUACAUAUAUCCUGAAGACAAUGCUGCCAAAAAAGCCAUAAAGAGGAAGGUUGAGCUGGACUGGGGAACUGAAGACUCGGAGUAUCUUCAGAAGGUGGAGCUCCACACAGAAGGAUCUCUGAACGAGGUCAGACCCGAUAUCAUCGUCUACAACGCGGGGACAGACGUCCUGGAUGGAGACCCUCUGGGAGGACUCUCCAUUUCUCCUCAGGGCAUCGUUAAGAGAGAUGAGAUUGUGUUCAGGGCUGCGAGGCGUCGAGGCAUCCCGAUCCUCAUGGUGACAUCGGGGGGGUACCAGAAGAGAACCGCCCGCAUCAUCGCCGACUCCAUCCUCAACCUGCAUCGGGAGGCCCUGAUUGGUCCAGAGGCUCUGGAGGGGGAGGGGUCAUCGUCUAUGGUGACCAGCAUGAUGAGCAGCUCUGGAUCUACUGGGUCAACAUCCACUGCUGUCUGAGAUGCAAUAAUUCUGCCACUAACACUAACAUGUGUUUCCUGUGAAGGUGUAACAUGUGAAGGCACGGAAGUCACUUUUUAAUCCUUUCGUAAUUCUUUCUUGUUUUUUUUCAGAAAUGUUCUGAAUGUUGACUUUUUUUCUCAGUAUUUUGACUUUUUUCUCAGAAUU